GGGGCAGAAGCCACCACCCAGAGCAGACCAGCCAGCAGAGCAGUGCCGGUGCACCGGGCAGAAGCUGGGAGGAGAUGGGCUUGGCGAUGGAGCACGGGGGACCGUAUUCACGGGCAGGGGGCAGCCCGAGGGGAUGCUGGUACUAUCUACGCUAUUUUUUCCUCUUUGUCUCGCUCAUCCAACUCCUCAUUAUCCUGGGCCUUGUCCUCUUUAUGGUCUAUGGCAACGCGCACGUGAGUACCGAAUCCAACCUGCAGGCCACCGAGCGCCGGGCUGACGGCCUCUACGGCCAGGUGGUGGGGCUCACGGCCUCCCAGGCCAACCUGUCCGAGAAGCUCAACCUCACCUCCCGCGCCAAGGAUGCCAUCAUGCUGAUGCUGCUAAACGCGCGCCGCGACCUGGACCGAAUCAACGCCAGCUUCCGCCAGUGUCAGGCCGACCGGGUGAUCUACAUGAACAACCAGCGAUACAUGGCUGCCAUCAUCUUGAGUGAGAAACAAUGCCAAGAACAACUCAAAGAAAGUAACAAGAGCUGCGAUGCUUUGGCCCUCACACUGAACCAGAAAGCCAAGACACUGGAGGUGGAGCUGGCAAAGGAGAAGGUGGUAUGUACCAAAGACAAGGAUGGUCUGGCGUUGGGCAAGCGAGUGAUGGAGGAACAGCUGGCCAAGUGCAGCAAAGCCCAGGAGCAGCAGCAGCAGGAGCGACAGCUGGCCGAGGACCGUCUGCAAAAGGUGCAGGCCCUCUGCCUCCCGCUGGACAAGGACAAGUUUGAGAUCGAGCUGCGCAACCUCUGGAGGGACUCCAUCAUCCCGCGCUCCCUUGACACCCUGGGCUACAAUGUGUUCCAUCCCAUUGGCUCGGAACUGGCCUCCAUCCGGAGAACCUGCGACCACAUGCCCACCCUCAUGAGCUCCAAGGUGGAGGAGCUGGCCCGCAGCUUGCGGGCUGGCAUCGAGCGUGUGACCCGUGAGAACUCGGACCUCCAGCGCCAGAAGCUGGAGGCCGAACAGGGUCUGCGCGCCAGUCAGGAGGCCAAGGAGAAGGUGGAGAAGGAGGCCCAGGCCCGGGAGGCCAAGCUCCAGGCUGAAUGUGCCCGGCAGACCCAGCUGGCCCUGGAGGAGAAAGCAGCGCUGCGGAAGGAGCGUGACAACCUGGCCAAGGAGUUGGAGGAGAAGAAGCGGGAGGCUGAGCAGCUCAAGAUGCAGCUGGCUGUCAGCAGCUCGACCCUGGACACCUGCAUCAAGGCGAAGUCGCAGCCAAUAUCACUGCCAAGACCUGCAGGCCCUGCCCCCAAUCCCCCGCCCAUUGACCCAGCUGGGCUGGAGGAAUUCAAGAGGAGGAUCCUGGAGUCCCAGCGACCCCCUGCCAGCAGUGUCUUAGCAUCAGCCAGGGGACCGGAUCUGAGGCCUCGCAUCAAAUCACCCACCCCAUGAUGGGGACUGUUGAUUCCUUUUCCACUCAUUCCUUCUGGGCCUCGAGAAAGUCUGCGCUGCUGCUAACUCACCCUAAUGCCUCCCAGACCCUUGCAGUUCUCCCAUAUUCACAGAGGGAGGGCAGACCCAGGCUCCGGUGUCAGCUGCACUUGAGAACAUGGUCUUGCUUUUUCAUUGAACAUUUUUAAGUGGUUUUCUAUUAAUGGCAAAUGCACCAGCUUUCCUUUACUUGGUAAGACUGAGUAUCCUUUGGAGAUCACUUUAUUUAAAUUAAAAAAACACAACACAAUGGAGGUGAAGACAAAUAUUAAGUGAAUAUUGGUGUAGCGGCUACGUGGCUGGAGAUGGCACAAGUCACAAUGUGGAAGGUUGAAGAUGGGAGCUCAGCCCUGGCUCUGAGCCGAGCACACAGCGAGUGUCGAUUCAAGUUCACUGCCAUCACUAUGACCGUUUGUUUUUUCAUUCAACCCACAUUUCCUGAGCAGCUCCUGGGGUGCUGAGGACACAGGGAGGAAUAAGGCACAGAAAUCCAAAUCCUCACCCUCGUGCGGCUGACAGUCUAGUGGGGGAGGUGGAUGACAAACCAGAUGAGUGAGCCAUGAUAGGGACCCUUGGUGAUGAGUGAAACAGAAAAGGGAUGAGGGAGCUUGAGGAGGUUAGAA